AUGGAGAGCGGCUUCGGCUCCGACUUCGGCUCCGACUUCGGCUCCGGGGGUGGCGGUGGGGGGAAGCUGGAUCCGGGGCUCAUCAUGGAGCAGGUGAAGGUGCAGAUCGCCGUGGCCAACGCACAGGAGCUCUUGCAGCGCAUGACGGACAAGUGCUUUCGGAAGUGCAUCGGGAAGCCCGGCGGCGCGCUGGACAACUCGGAGCAGAAGUGCAUCGCCAUGUGCAUGGACCGGUACAUGGACGCCUGGAACACGGUUUCCCGAGCCUACAACUCUCGGCUGCAGCGGGAGAGAGCCAACAUGUGAAGCGCCUCGGUUCCCGGACCAGGGAGGGACCACGUGGGGAAGGGACGAGCGGCCAGUCCGGGUGGCUCGGGGUGAAAUCCUGCUGCCUUUCCAGCCCCUGCCAUGGCAGAGCAAUAAACCCUCGCUGAACCUUUUGCAUCCAUUGGCUUUUAUUAGCACCAGCCCCAGGAGCGAGUGAAUUUUCCAGCCUUGAGAGCCACCGUGAGCUGCUUGGUUUGCCUCAUGCCCUUCCCGGCGGUCCAUACUGGCCAAGGCGUAGAGCAGCUGAUAAAUCCCUGCUGAAAGGGCUGCGAGAGGCAAGGAGCCUUCUGUGGAAAAGGGGGGCCAAGCCAGCAACACAGUCCCCUUGCCCAGGAAGCAAGCAUGGACCCAGCCAUCAGGUAGUUACCCAGUCCCUUUUCAUCGGUGGAAAAUCUGCCGCAAGAUGCUCCACAUGCCACGCUUGGCUCUUUCUUCCCUUGUAUUUGUAUAGCUGUAUGUGGGGCUCGCUUUUGCGCUCGUAGGCUUUGACUCAGCUCAAGCAGUGUGUUGGGGAGCAGAGGUGCUCUUAUUAGGUUUGCAACACAGCCUUGCAUAGUUGUAUAAGCACAGCUGGGGAUGAAAAGGGUUGGGAAGUACUUAGGUUGAUUUCUUUAUAGAAUAAAACAUGUUGUGUGGCUAUCAUA